AUGUAUGAUGAUGAGUGCAUCUUCCUGACGUUCGUCUGUUUCCGACCAUUUUCGUCUGCUAUCGCGCCGCAUCGCCACCCUCGAUCGUGGCCGUCGCGCGGCUGUCAGUGCCUACUGCGAUCGCACACGGGUGAACCGCCCCCCGCGUCAUUUUCCACUCGGGAACACGCGACACGCCGACAAGGGUGCCGGUAUACGCGAACGAAGAGGUUGUUGCAGAUUUUAGAGCAUUGA